AUGCAGACAGACGGCGUCAUGCUUCUGUUGAUGGCUAAGACCGUGCGUCAACGCCAAUUCGUCCUUGCCCUGCUGGCUACACAACACGUCGAACGGCCACUGAUCCCCGAAGUUCGUUUCAACCUGGACGCCAUGACGGAUGCUAACGCAGUGCUCGACUACCGCUUUGACGUCGUGGGGAAUCCGCAAACUCGGCUACUAUGUAGCACUGCGGGAGGAAGCGAGCUGGGUGCGGGCAAGGUGGUGACAAGCCGUUAA